CUUGGCUCGCUUCCCGAAAACCUCAGUGCAUUUCGGAACCUUGACACAGAACCCAGGGUGAGUACGCGAGACGGCUAAUUUUAGAGUAGUCCCUAUUCGGAGCUUAUGUUUAAUCUCAUCUCAUAACCUCAAACACCGGAAGCACACGCCGGUCAUUGCCCUUACAGAUCAGCGGGUUGCUCUUGGUCUGCUCUCGACUCCCAUCUCCGACAAACGGCGGCACGAGACAGAAGGCGAAAACUUGCGCCAAGGGCUAUUUAUUUCAGGAAGCCAAACAUCGGUGACCGAGGCGAGGUCAGGGCCGCGGACACCGCGAUGCAGGCGCCAAGCCAAAUGCCCAAGCCGGAGGCGACUUUAGACGAAUCCUCACGCCAACACACGCCAGGUCAGAAGCGUGCAAUCCCCGAAUCCGGGGGUCACAACGAUGAGGGUAGUCCUGGCAGCAGAAAAGAACAGGCGGACGAUGCUGGUCUCCCAUCCCCAAAGAGACUUAAGGCCGCUGUUUCUUCCACCGAGGCUGAUGAGACGGCCAGCUCAUUAUCGAGUGGGCCUCCCCCAUCUCAAGCGGAUAAUGCAGCUCUUCACGCACCCCCAAGGGCGCAUGCUGGUUGGAAUCGAGGCAUCACCAGCGGCCUGCGGACAUCCUUCGCCGCCAAGGACAAGCUUCGGAGGCCUCUAUCCCGGCAGGCUUCAGGUUCUCCCGUCCAACCACUUACCGGGUCAAUAGACGUCGACAGCCUGGCUAUGCCCUCUGCAACCAGUCACCUAUCUGGGGCGAUCCGGAGGGAUGACUGGCAGGCUCUAUUCACGAAGUGGUGUGUGAGAUUGAUGGCCCUAAACCAGAGCCAGAAGGGACUCAAAGAUGAUCCAGCCCUUCUGAGAGAAGCUUGGGGUUUAUGGCUCGAGACAAAGGUGUCCUUGCCACGCGCCCACCGCACAACUGCUAUGGAGGUGGCUAAGGAGACAUGUCUUGACGCGGAGAAACUUCAAGCCAUGUUUUCCGAGGCGCUGGAAACCGACCUCCAGAACCCCUGGGACGCGCCCCCGACUAUCACCGGACAGGCGGAGAGCGUGGAAACGGAAAAACAGAGCAAUGGGCAGCCAGCAAGCGCUGAGUCUGCACCAGCGGGGUGUCAGGAAACGAAUGACUGGGUUCUGCCACCGCCGCCGUCGUGCGCAGACUUCGACGUCAGACACAAGGAUCAACGUGGUUGGGAGGAAAGGUUCGUGGCAUGGUGCAAGUCGCUCAUCCAGCUGAACGGACAGAAGAUCAAAGUCGACACCAUUCGGGAACGGAAUCGAGUGGCCGAGUUAUACUUGAGAUGGGUCGGGACCAUCGACGGGCUAUCGAAAGCAAAGGCCGCUGCUGCUCGGCGAACAGCGAUCCAUUACGCGCAAGAUAAUAGCGCGCUUCUCACGGCUCUUUUCGCCGGCACUUCGCCCGGCGGCGAACUCCAAACUACCGGAUCAGUCUCGCCGCCACGGAAUGAUCCCAGGCCUUCCCCGACGGGUGCCGUCUCCGAUGGCGAGGACGAGACGUCCGGUGACGGAGGGACCGACCUGCUCGAGGAGAAGGUCGCAGCAUACCGCGAAAAGUAUUUUCCGGGACUCGGCCCCAACGAGACUAUUUGCCACAUGUGCGCAUCUCGCGACCACGACGCGACUGAGUGCCCAGAGACGGCGUGCCGUUUUUGCGGCGAUGCCGGGCACCGGUCCUUCGGCUGCCCGACGCGUCUUCGGUGUACGAAAUGCAAACAACUCGGCCACCAGAAGAAAGACUGCAGCGAGAAGUUGGCACUACCGCCCGACGAAGUGGAGUGUAUCUUUUGUCAGUCGCGCGAUCACGUCGACGCGUCCUGCCACGAGAUCUGGCGGAGCUUCAAGUUCAACCCCGCCACGGUCCGCAGAGUCCGUUCUCUGCCGGUGUUUUGCUACUGCUGCGGCAGCGAAGGCCACUACGGCCCCGCUUGUGGCCUGAACCCGCAGAGGGGGGAGGAGGGACCCUGGGAGACAUGGAGUCAAGCAAAUUGUGACCGAUAUCAGGAUCCCGCUUCCUCGGACGUGGCUACUGUAUUUGAGGCGCCCUCUACCAGCUCCGGCCCGCGGUCCGAGCGACCUGACUUUGGCAAAAGCAUUGUCCCUCAGAGACACAUCUUCUUCGAGGACACGGACGAUGACGAUGAGGCGGAGGAAUUCAUUAGACCGCCCGUGCAGAAAAUCAUGCGGUUUGGACACAUCAGCUUCCCCGGCAGCAAGGAUGGAGGGAACCGCAGCGGAAGAGGGCCAAGCAAUCAACACAAUGACAAGAAUGGAAGAUUGGGGUACACGCAACCACCGCUCCCUCCUGGGCCUCCCCCACCCUUGCCGCCACAAGGCCACCAGGCGAACGGGAGGAGCGGCGGUCGGCGCAGAGGUGGAGGGCGAAGAUACUAGACGAGUCAGGGGCAUGAAUCGCGGGGAGGUGGUUUUCCGCCCAGGGACUGCAAACUAAUAGUCGGAGGGUCGCAUUCCCCAUUCAAGGAAUCUAACUGAGAAGGUAAACGAGUUACCUCUUUGGGUGAAGAUAAGAAUUGUGUGUGGGGAUUCGAAUUUGCAAAAGCAUGUCCGGUUGCCGGAUUCGACUUGUCACUGAGAAAGGGCAAUCUCGACUCCUCAUAACCCUUCGAGGGUCGAAAGUGCGCCAUCACCACUCCCGUCAGUGCCAUGUUGCAUCGGGCGUGAC